GUGUGAGAGCACAGAGGAAUACGAUUACGAUUACCUCAGCAUCAAUAAAACCUGGGUCCUCACGCCCAAGGCACAGGAGACUGAUGCCACACAGAUCCUCAACUCGCUGCUCAAGAACUAUGACAACAAGCUGAGGCCUGACAUUGGCAUCAAGCCCACCUUCAUUGAUGUGGAUAUCUACGUGAACAGCAUCGGGCCGGUGUCUGUCAUCCAGAUGGAAUACACCAUUGACAUCUUCUUUGCCCAGACGUGGUACGACCGGCGCCUGCGGUUCAACAGCACGCUCAAGGCUCUGACCCUGAACACCAACAUGGUGAGCCGCAUCUGGAUCCCUGACACCUUCUUCAGGAACUCCAAACGGGCUGAUUCCCACUGGAUAACCACUCCCAAUCAGCUCCUCCGCAUCUGGAAUGAUGGAAAAGUGCUCUACACUCUCAGGCUGACAAUCGAGGCUGAAUGUCUGCUCCAGCUGCAGAAUUUCCCAAUGGACACUCACUCCUGCCCUUUGGUUUUUUCCAGCUAUGGAUACCCUCGGGAGGAGAUCGUCUAUCGCUGGAGGCGCUACUCCAUCGAGGUGUCUGACCAGCGCACAUGGAGGCUCUACCAGUUCGACUUCACGGGGCUGAGGAACACCUCAGAAGUCCUCAGGACUGGGGCAGGGGAGUACAUGGUGAUGACAGUUUCUUUUGACCUGAGCAGACGUAUGGGUUACUUUGCCAUUCAGACCUACAUUCCCUGCAUCCUGACUGUUGUUCUUUCCUGGGUUUCCUUCUGGAUCAAGAGAGACUCUACGCCAGCCAGGACAUCUCUGGGUAUCACGACUGUGCUCACCAUGACCACCCUGAGCACCAUCUCCCGCAAGCACCUGCCCCGUGUUUCCUACAUCACUGCCAUGGACCUCUUCGUCUCCGUGUGCUUCAUCUUCGUCUUUGCUGCUCUCAUGGAGUACGCCACGCUCAACUACCUGGUGGGGAACAAGAAACCCCUGGAGCACAGCCACAGGAAAGCCAGGCUGCCACCUGCGGGUGCACAGGUGAUGCCGACCUUCACCGCCAUCAACAUCAACCACAUCAUGCACUGGCCCCCGGAGAUGGAGGAGGAUGACGAUGACGAGCCCGGCUCCCCGUGCCUGGAGGGGAAGGAGUGUGAGAGGUUCUUCUGCUGCAUCGAGGACUGUCAGACGGGGAUGUGGCGGGAGGGCCGGGUCCGCAUCCACAUAUCCCGCCUGGACUCCUACUCCCGCGUCUUCUUCCCCACCGCCUUCCUGCUCUUCAACAUCGUCUACUGGAUUGCCUAUCUGUAUCUCUAGCCCUCCUUUGUGCUCAGCUGGAACGGGCAGGGCACCAGCGAGAGGAGCUUCUCGAGGAGCAUAGAGAACAGCAUCUCUCCUGUUGUAGUCAGCUGUCAGUCUGAGCACCCCGACCUGGUGAUUCCCUCUCCCUGCUCUCUCAUCUCUUCUGAGAAGAACCAAACAGCUUUUUUUUUUUAGCCUUCUAACAUAUCUUUUUAGAGAAUCUACCCUUCCCCAGACAGCCCUCUCUCCAACACCACCAGCAUUGUACUCCUUGUAAAAUUACCCAAAAUUUCCAUCUCAAGCAUUAGGGAUUUUGUCAAAAAAAACCCCUUAAUGCAUUUCAUUUUUCCAUCCAGUCCUACUCUGAAAUUUCAAGGCAAGUGAUGGCAAAUGGAGUUUUCUGCAUAGUUAUUAAGACUGCAAAGGAAAUAAAAUACAUUUUACGACUUCUGCACCACUUCCACCAGAGCAGACUUUGUGGGGUGCCAGAAGCUCAGAAAGGUCAGGAGGAAAUAGUGUGGCCAAGGACAGCAGUGCAGCUCUCCCACAGUAGCUGGGCUUGGCUGAAACGUUCUGGGCCUGCCCAGACAUCUGAUGGUGGCACUGACGAGGAUGGAGUUGCUGCAAGCCUCCCCCAGCUCCCCACAGAGCAUCUCUGAAGCAUUCAUUCCUCACGGAUCACUCCAGGACACCCUCCCACUGAGGCACUGCUCAUUCCCACCCCACGGGGAUGGAAAGCAUUUCCAAGUUGGAAGGGCCCACCUGCCUCGCUGGAGCAGGCUCUUCAGGGCCCACGGUGACAUUUCUGAUGUGUGACCAGGACUCAGAACAGGCUCUGCAGUUGGGCAUAGCCAAAAGAGGGGGGAAGUCCUUGUGAGAAGGGCCAGAAGAAGCCUCCUGAGCCUGUAGUGAGGUAGUUCUCUCUGGGCUGUGAAUCACAGAGGGGCAGUGCUGUCCUGGCAGUGACACUCGCUGGUGCCAUCAGAUCUGUGCUGGCUGCUCGGUGCCAACCUGAGGAAGGGGUAUAGGAAAGGGAACACACAGCUUCCAGUGCAUUCCUGCUGCUCAGAUGUGUUCCUUUCUUUAUUUUAUUUUUUUCAUAAUUGCAUAAAACAAGAGUUUUCACUCUAACUGGAUGGCUCCUCCCAGUUGCCAUCAUCACUUGGCCUGUUUCCUCAUAAAAUCAGGAAAUGGAGUGAGUUGUCCUUGAUGGAUUUCAAGAAGGACAAGCGUAGUGAGAUGGUCCCAUCUGAAAGAGAUGAAGAAAUGCAUUACACAGUUUCAGCUGGGGAGAAACUGCAUAAUAAAGAAGAGGAAACUGAGGCCCAAGGUUCAUAAUGUGUCAACUGGUUGCCUCCCCAUUUACACCAGCUGCUGAUGUGGCCCACAGCAUGAUUGUGAGAAGCAGUGGGCCAUUAAUAGUUACUUACUAUGUAAAUUAGAAACAAAAAGAUCUUUUUUUGAAAAACAGCAUGUUUUAGAAAAAAAAUUAGGACUUAAAAGGCUUGUCAGGAAAAGGAAGCCAGCAUGGCUGCAGAGGAAAAGUUAGGAAAGGCUGGCUCACAGGACAGCUAACAGGGGCAGGAGGUUUUAUAUAUUCUUGGAGAGCAAUUUGGUCUGGUUUAAAGACGGAUUUUGACACUGUUAAAUUUGAUCUGAAUAAUGAAGUGUCAUGUUUAAUUCAUUCACAAAUGCAGCCUUACCUGGGUUCCAGAUGAACAGCUAGAGCAUCUUAUUAAGUAUACAAUAGUACAACACUCAGCUAAGUAUAACCUAAUGGGGUCAGACCAGCAGAGCUCUGAAAGGGGAAAUUGUGCCUGUCUAACCUGUUACAGUUCUUUUAAAAUACCAAGCAAGAGAUAAAGGUUACUCAGAAGCAUAAUUUGCUUAGCUACUCCGACAGCUUUUGAAAGGGAGGAAAGAAAUUGUGGCGGGCGGUUCUAACUGAGGAAAUUGAUUUAGCAAAAGAAUUAUUAAGGAGGUUCUAAUUAGAGGAAAUUAACUGAGGAGAGGGGGGAAAAAAAGAAUUGUUAAGGAGGCUCUAAUUAGAGGAAAUUAAUGUUUUAGAGAGAAAGACACAGAGAGGGAGAAGUCUAAGAAAAGAAUCAAAACAACUUGCAGACAAGGGAAGCUGCUGGGUGACAGUGCCGACUCCCAGCCAAGCUGGAUGAUGUUCUGCUCCCAGUAGCAAAGCGUUAUUAGAUGUAGCAACAGAAAAACCUCCUAUGACUCAGCCCUACACCGUCAGGGAGCUGGAUUAAACAGGGUCCUGUGAUCUCUUUGGGGAGCCAAAAGGAAAGAGCAUCCUGGAUUGGAAGUGGCUCACACGGCAGGCUCUGAGUGAAGCACGUCCUCACAUUUGGGCAGGCAGCUGUCGGGGCUGUGUGGGAGGGGACGCCCCGGUGGCAAACCAGGGUCUGUGCCAGAUCCCUCCCCAACAGGAUGGUGCCUUGAACGGUGUUCAGGCACUGGAGGCUGCGCUGAGCACAGGGAGCAAAGUGGGGAAGGGAAAAAUUAACAGCCCUGUGCGACAGAGCCCGAACAGCUGCAAUUUGCUGUGGCUUCGAAGCUCUUGGUGAACACAAAUGAUUGUCAUGGGCACUGGAGAACAGAGCUCAGCCCUGAGAGCAGCAACUUGUUGAAAUUAGACCUUUUACAAAAUCAGCCAGGAGAGAAACGGGGUGUACAAAAACCUAAGAGGACAAAGUAGACUUGAAAGAUUGUAAGAUUUCACCAAAAAAAGAUAAAGCCAACAUACACCUAGGUAAUUGAACCAAUGAUGGAGGAUUUGACAGAGGAAAAUAGUCUAGCGUGGGCUGGAGCACAAGGAAGCUGAUUACUAAGGCUGGGGAAGGAGGAGGGAGGGGGCUUUUUGGCUUAGGGAAGUCUGUGCCCAUCAUCCAUAGCACAAUAAAUAAAGGCAUGCACAAAUUCAAUCAUGUUUUUAAUUUUCUAUAGUAUCAAAAAAAAAGGGAAAAAAAAAAA